UUCUGCGGAAACAGAAAGCCCAUUUCUCCAAGAUGGCCGCCGCCUGCGCAGAACAUCCGCCGCCAUCACAUUCGACACCCCCGUUCAUGAAAGCACCACCCCGUGAUCAUUUCGCUGAGCAUGCGCGUCAGGAGCCAUUGCACACGCGCAAAUCAGACAGCAGUCGCCACCGCCACCGUUCGCAGUCUACACAGCGCCGGCGACGUCGUGAAAAAUUCACUCGCUCCCCAAUGUCCCGCUCAUCGACUUCCUCUCGGCGCCCAGAACAUCCGCCUGCUGAACGAGACAAGCAUGGCAGCUCGGGCAGAUAUAUUAGAAACACCCAAUCGCUGACUCCGACACGUGAAGUCAGUGAGGCAGACAGUCUGCGAGCCCAGAAAAGAAAACUCUUGGCACGCCGCGACUGGCUCGGGCUAGCAGCAGCCAGGCCAGUGCGGCUCAAGUUCAAUCAGGGCCGCGAGAAGGACAGAAUCGGCAAGCGACGCAAAGUGCACCGCCGGCCUGACUUGCACGGCUUUCACAAGCAGCAUGAACGAGUUCCAACCCCUCCGUUCCAAGGGCAGCACUUCGAACCACGCAUGAGCGGAGCAUUGCCAUUUCAAGAUAUACAGAUCAAGGUAGGUACAGACGCUGUAGCCACUCAAACGCAGAUUUCUCGUCAAUUUCAGACUCCAGUUGCGACAAGUCCACGCCCUAUCUCAGUCGAAUCUGGGCCGCUUUCCGAAGAAAGCAUGCUUCUCGGCGUCGAUGAAGAUGGCUUUGAAGCUGGUUG